AUGACAGGCAUCCGCACUGCCGAGGAAGAUCUAAACGGCGGCGUCAUGCGCGAUGUUUCCGAUGAGCCUGCGAAGGCCGGUCCUGCGAAGGCCGGUCCUGCGCCGACUACUGGGCGCAUACCUGUGCAGACCAUCCAAGGCCGAGUGGACUUCAGGCGUUUGUUGCGGCUCGCAGGUCAGCUCGCUUCUCGCACGCCGCUAAACAUCGUCGACACCUUACCUGACCGGGGCGCCUCUUCACCCAAAGCCCUUCCUUUCUCUUUUGCUCCCGCUCCCGCCGCAACGCCCAUGAGAAUCACACGACGUUACGCGGCUCAAACCUCCCCCAACGCCUUAAAACCGUUCCUGAAGAACGUCAACCGCGCCAUCGCGUCCCUCAAGUGGUACGGAGGCCAUCGUCGACUGGCUUGCCACGAGGACGUGUCGUGUGCCGCAGCGUCGCACGGCGAUGACGAUGAGGCCGACUCCGUGCUGGCCGCUAACAACCUGUUCGCUCCUCUGCUAUGCGCUGUAGACGAGGCGGUGGACGAGAGCUGGGCCCUCGAUCCACUCUCUCCUCAUCCCAGCGAACCUUCUCCGUCCGAAACGUUUCCGUAUGAGGUCCCGAGUACCCUGACGGCUCUGGCUUCUUCGCCGGAGUCACAUCUGAGCGAGGCCGUCCGUCACAGCGCAAACCCCCGCCAGCCCUGCCUCAGCCAGGGAAACGCGCCCUCGUACGCAGAUGUGCUUGUCGGUCGAUGUUCAGCGCAUGUUCAGUCGCUUAGAGCGCCUGGGAGAGCUGGGUGA